GCCUCGUGACCAGCGGCCAAUAGGAAGCUUCUGUGUGAGCGCGGAUAAACGGAUUUGUUGUUGUGUCAACGGGAGCAGUGAUAUCUGUGUGUUUACUGACAGUAACGUUUUGUUUUAAGAUCUUAAAAUUCACCCAAGAUGAGUCUGUCUCUGAGAACUGAACUUGCGGCAGACAAAACCAAGCGCAAGAAGAGGAGAGAGCUCACCGAGGACCAGAAGCAUGAAAUCAAAGAAGCUUUCGAGUUGUUUGACACUGACAAAGAUAAAGAAAUUGACUACCACGAGCUGAAGGUGGCGAUGCGUGCACUUGGCUUUGAAGUGAAGAAAGUGGAUGUUUUGAAGAUUCUUAAGGACUAUGACAGAGAGGGAAAUGGCAAAAUAACAUUUGAGGAUUUCAAUGAAGUAGUGACAGAUCGCAUCCUGGAGCGAGACCCAAAGGAGGAGAUCAUGAAAGCCUUCAAGCUGUUUGAUGAUGAUGAAUCAGGAAAGAUCAGUCUGAGGAACUUGAGACGAGUAGCUCGAGAACUCGGGGAGAACAUCAGCGAUGAGGAGCUGCGCAGCAUGAUCGAUGAGUUUGACACUGACGGAGAUGGUGAAAUAAAUCAGGAGGAGUUCCUCUCCAUUAUGACUGGAGACUCCUGAUGAGGGGUUUUGGGUUGGAUUGGUCGUCCAUAUUGUGAGAAGCUGAGCGACUGAACAUCUGUCGGUGUGUACAUGAAGGUGAACACAUGAGCACGUUGAACAAGUGUCGGCUCCCUCUCGAGGGUCUGACGUGGUCUGGAACUGCUCAUUGGCCUUGCGGUUUAUACUUGAUUCAUCACAUAAAAGGACUGGACUGUCUGAAAAGUUCGGCCACACUGCUCGAGCCAGUCUUUCCUAAAGUGCGAACUGUUGUCCAAAGCUGUUGAUAUCAUGCCAUGUCUUUAAUUCAAAUUUCCUCUAAGUGUCUUUUACAUGUUUCUGUCUUAAUAAAACUCCGAGCUGUAUCAAAGAACAUUUCAGACGUUGAUGAAUUUGAUGUUGUUAGUCUAGUUGAUUUAUAUUCGAGAUCUGAUCACUUUGUUAUCAAUCUUUCUGUCAUAUCCAAAUAACUGUUGGGAAAAGGGGACAAAUAGGGGGAAUUUUUAUUGUUCGUUCCUGAAGUGAGUCUGUGAUUCUGUCUGUAUAUUCUUUAGGAGAAAAAACCUGACGUGAAUGUUUGAAUGUACCAUUUAUUUUGUAUUAAAAUGAAUUGAAUUGCCA